AUGUCCUACAGCAUCGUCCUACACGCUGGAGCUGCCGACUCUUGGGCAGGUGACUCCCAACUUCAAGAGAAAACCGAAUUCUUCCUUCAACGUUUGAUCAACUUAGCGGAAGAGGAAUUAAGGAACGGAGAAAGUGCAUUGAAGGUGGUCACGGAAGUAGUAUCUGCUCUAGAGGACUACCCCCAAUUCAACGCGGGCAAAGGAUCUGCUCUCAACAUUGAAGGCUUCCACGAGUUAGAAGCUGCUGUAAUUGAUGGUACAACCUGUAGGUACCGAGCAGCAGGCGGAUUGCAGCGCACCAAGAAUCCUAUCAAACUGGCACACAAAAUGCUGGACUUCCAAGCACCAGCUUUAAUAGUAGGAAAGGCAGCCGAUGAGCUAGCGGAGACGAAUGGCUUGGAUAUGGUAGAUAACUCAUACUUUACUACCGACAGCCGUCGACUCUAUUGGGAGGCGAAGAGGAACAAGUUGUUGGAGAAUCAUGGCACCGUGGGUGCUGUAGCCCUCGACAUUCACGGCAAUCUUGCAGCUGCUAACUCUACUGGUGGUAUUUCCUUCAAACACCGAGGAAGAAUUGGCGAUACGGCGAUCGUUGGCGCAGGGAUAUAUGCGGAUGAUCAGGUAGCAGUUGUUUGCAGUGGAAGCGGUGAUGCUAUACUCCAGGCCACUGUAGCUGGAAGGGCUGCCGCUGCAGCGCGCUCGGGAACCGAGCUGAAUGAUGCCGUGGAGAAGGCAAUUUUGACAUCUGCAAAGCUCUUCCCGGAUUCUUCAUGUGGAGUCAUUGCCGUGGACAUCUACGGGUCCAUCUCGAUCCAUUGCAAUAGUCGGAUUUUCGCAGUCGCGUCGGCCAAUUCUUCGCAGCACCCCGGGCAGGCUGGUAUCGCGAGGUUGACCAUUCCGAUUUUGAACCAACUCGCCAUCUUCGAGGACGAUAAGAUCAGAGCUGGGAUGGUCAAGUACCCAACCUUUCCCAAUCAGAUUGUGGCUCAAACCCAGCUGAGAGAGCCCGUGUUGUCCUUGGAAGCUGAUGUCUUUGCGGAUUUCUUCGUCCGACUCAGAGGAGUGAUUCAGAAGGUACAGAGUUUCUACCAAGCCCCUGAUAUCGCAUUUAUAACUUGUGAUAAAUCCUCUUGGGCAUUUAUAUUUCCGCUCUUGAUGGCCUCGCCGUCCAUGGAUACAGUCCUCAAAGAUGACAGUCACAUCACCACCCGCCCUCUAAGCAACGGCCACCGUGCAGAGUUCCACUAUGUUGAAGAAAAGUUGAUCAAGGUCGAGAUCCAUCGGCCGGACAAGACAGGGUUAUUCUCCGCAGACCUACAACAAUACUCUCAGACUAUCCUUCAAAUAUGGAAUGUGCUCCGGGUUCUAUCACAGGAACUUGGUCCUGAUACGACACCUCAGCAACUUGAGGUCCAUCCUCAACGAAAAGGCUCCAUCACCAUUUUCUUAGCUAGUCCACGACCAUCUUCAUUCCCUAAGCCUGCGACCUUCUCUGAUUCCCUCCCGGAGUACCUCACCACCGAACUGGGACCAAAAGUGACGAAUGUGGCUGGCCUUGGGCUUUUAGCAGGCGAAAUUGUGGCGCAUUUGGCGACUUCAUCAAUCUAG